AUCAUUUAUGUUUCAGUAGUCAAGGCUCAGUUAUACCAGUGUAGACAACUCCCUGGAAACAGUGUUCAGAGUUACUGCAGCUUAGCACAGGAAUUGCUUUGAUGAGCUCUAAGAGAAUGGUAACAAUACCUCCUAAAGGGCCAGGUUGCUAGGUAACAGUUUCCUUGGUCACAGUGAAUCCAUGGAAGACCCCCAAAGAAGCUGAAGGUUCUUGGUGAACAGCUCUCCGAACCACUCCUAGGGAUAUGAUGAAAAAAUGUCUUCAGAAAUAUAGCUGUAUGAAGGUGAGAGGAACUUUUUGCACCGGCAAGACAUGUCUGAAAGUUCUUCAGGUCAAAACACAAGUAGCCAAGACACUUAUCCAUCUAAUUCAUCAUACUACUCCGAUCCCAGUGGGACUCACACUUGGUCGGCUUUGUCAAGAAACAGAAGAACAAGUCGUCUAGGUUUGGACUCUGGAAUAUCAUCCACACUUCCAUCAGAUUCUUGUAAAUACCUCACUUGGCACAAGGUAGAAAAACAUGAUGUUCAAGGAAGUCAACUGCGUUGCCCAAGAGUAAGAGAAGGACCCUCUGAAGAGGAGUUACUCUUCAGGCAGGAGGAGAGCGCCUUACCUCCAAGGAAAAGAGUCCUUGAGAAAAGCCAAUGGGAAACGUGGCUCCGAGAGAACUGGGAGGACUGCAUGAAUUUGAACAUUUCGUUUCAAGAUUUGGGGGACCCUUAUCAAAUUGACAAUUUUAACAGGAUUCUUAGGAGACUAAUUCGAGUCGAAACCCUCUGGUUAGUGGAUAAUUCACUGGUGGAUUUAAGUGCCAUAAGAUUGCCGAGCUGCAGAAUUUUAAAUAUGGACAAAAACCACCUCACAUCUUUCAAACAAUUGCCAAAGGUACCUCAGAUACAACAUUUAUCCUUGGCUGAAAACCACAUUGAGACGCUGGCCGGGCUCUCCAGUCUACGGUGCACUCCGUUAGAAUCCCUUACACUCAAGAGGAACCCCUGUGAGUUUCACCAAAAUUACAGGAAACGAUCCUCCAAUAAGAAGACAGCACGAUUCAAAAGAGAAAAGACUUAAUGAUAGAGCUAAUAGUAGUGUUCUCCUGUUUGCCAAACUUAAAAAUGCUGGAUGGGAUCUUGAAGCUACCAGAAGAUUGUUCACCACCACAAACCAAUAUAUUUUCAAAAAUGUGUAUUGUAUCCUAAUUCAAUCUGCAUAUUAAUAGAAAGAAAACAAUUGUCGUUGCUGCUAAAACUAAUAAACA